AACGUCCUCUCCCGGGUCCCCGCUACUAAGUCUCACCGGGUUCUGUCCCCACAGGUGGAGGAGUUCGAACAGGACGUUCCCCAGGACCUGGGGCCACUGCAGUUCGUGAAGUUGCGCAAACACCACUCCCUGGUGGACGACGCCUGGUUCUGCGACCGCAUCACCGUGCAGGGCCCAGGAGCCUUAGAGGAGGCCGCCUUCCCCUGCUACCGCUGGGUGCAGGGCCAGGGCGUGCUGACCCUGCCCGAGGGCACCGCCCGCCUGGCAGGAAACAAUACCUUGGAUGUGUUCCAGAAGCAUCGAGAAAAGGAACUGGAGGAAAGACAGCAAAUCUACUGCUGGGCCACCUGGAAGGAAGGGUUACCCAUGACAAUUGCUGCAGGCAGUUUAGAUGAUCUGCCUCCAAAUAUGAGAUUCCAUGAGCAGAAGAGGCUGGAUUUUGAGUGGACAGUGAUUGCAGGGCUUAUGGAGAUGGCCCUAAAAUAUGUUUACACCCUCCCAAGCCCCUGGAAACGCCUGGAAGAUUUUGAUCAGAUCUUCUGGGGACAAAAGACUGCCCUGGCUGGUCAGUUGUUUGCCCAGAAAGGUGCCCUGUUUGAGGCUGACUUCAUCCUACUGGAUAGGAUCCCAGCCAAUGUGAUCCAAGGAGUGCAGCAGUACCUGGCUGCCCCCCUUGUCAUGCUGAAGAUGGAAGCCAGUGGGAAGCUGCUACCCAUGGUCAUCCAGGGGCCUUCAUUCCUCCUCCUAUCCACCAUGAGGUGCCUCCCAGGACUGCACCCUGUCUACAAGCUCCUGAUCCCACAUACCCGCUACACCAUGGACAUCAACACGAGGGCACGGAACCAACUCAUCUCAGAUGGAGGUUUAUUUGAUAAGGUAAGGAGCACAGGUGGAGGGGGCCUUGUGCAGGUGUUCCGUCGGGCCAUGACUCAGCUGACCUACCGCUCCCUCUGUCCUCCUGAUGAUCUGGCUGACCGGGGCCUGCUGGGAAUCCCAAGUGCCCUCUAUGCCCAUGAUGCUUUACGGCUCUGGGAGAUCAUUGCUCGGUACGUGGAGGGGAUUGUUCACCUCUUCUACCACGGGGAUGACAUCGUGAGAGGGGACCCUGAGCUGCAGGCCUGGUGUCGAGAGAUCACUGAGGUGGGGCUGUGCCAGGCCCAGGACCGAGGUUUCCCUGUCUCCUUCCAGUCUCGGGCUCAGCUCUGUCAUUUCCUUACCAUGUGCAUCUUCACAUGCUCUGCCCAGCAUGCAGCAGUGAACAUGGGCCAGUUCGACUGGUAUGCCUGGAUCCCUAAUGCCCCAGGCUCAAUGCGGAUGCCCCCACCCACCAACAAGGAAGAUGUCACAAUGGACACAGUGAUGGGCUCACUGCCUAGUUUCUGGCAGACCAGUCUUCAAGUGAUUGCCACGUCGCUCAUUAGCCAGCCCCCGCCAGACAUGGUACCACUGGGGCAUCACCAAGAAGAGUAUUUCUCAGGCCCUGAGCCCAAGGCUGUUUUAAGGCAGUUUCAGGCUGAUCUGGACAACCUGGAAAAGGAAAUCGUGGCCCGGAAUGAGCAGCUAGACCUUCCCUACGAAUACCUGAAGCCCAGCCUCAUAGAGAACAGUAUUGCUAUCUGAGCCCAAAUUGUUCAUCGUUCAAAUACUUGAGGCCCCCACCAUGGUUAACACUCCCCCCACUCUUUUCAUGGGUCUGAGUUGCUAUGGUUCUGUUUUUUCCUGUUG